CAACAAACACCCAAAAAUCAAAUGUUUUUCAAAAGAGAAGCCGCUCAAGUUUUUGACAGAAAUCUAUCCAUCUUUCGAACACCAUAAACAACACUCCUCGAAUUGAAUCAUCAAACAAUUUGGUCGAAACUGGAUCUCAAUACUUUGAAACCCUUGCCAAUGUCAUCUCCACCCCCACCAAAUCCCACCACCACAACCACAACCACCGCCGUCGCCGCAACCGCAACCGCCGAUUUCUUUAAAUCGGUAGCGCGACAGAGGCCCCGAAAGCACGUACACCCAUCAAUCUACCAAACCUUCUACAAUCCCCAACCCGCCACUUCGGCAGCUUUCCCACCACCAACACAACGUCAACAACCACCACAACAGUCCCUUCAAUCGAAUUCAAGAACUCAUCAUCAACAAUCAGCGGCGGGGGGAGUUCUAUAUCCUGUUGCUUCCUCCGGAAGGGGGUUCCUGUCAAAGCAUCAACAACUUACCUCCGACCAGAGUGCGGCAGUGGGAGUGGUAAUCAAUUCUGACGGCUUCCCCCCUGGUCCUGUCUCCGCUUACCCUUAUGCUGUUCAUCGGCCAUAUGGGUUCUCAAAUUCUGAUAUUCCUGGUCAAACUUCGCAUCAAUUGGUUACUCCCUCGUCUGCCCAUCUGCAACAAACCCUCAUGGGUGGCGGCGCUAUAGUUCCCACAUUUUCUGCUGGGGUUUCAGUUUCUGCAAACCCAAAGGCUGUUGCUCAAUCAUCAGCUCCUGAAGAUAAUGGCUUAUAUACUAUAAGGGAUAAAAACGGAGAUGGUAGUUUUGCUAUUAUUAGAGAUAGAAAGGUUCAAGUUGUUGAGGGCACUUCUCUUUAUGCUCAAUGUCGGUCGUGGUUAAAGAAUGGAUUUACUUUGGAAAAUCAGCCACAAUAUGUCGAUUGUGUCAAGUCUCUUCCAAAGCCGUUGCCUGCAUCCAUGGUAGAAGCAACAAAGGAGGACGAUAUGGAGAUGGAGGAGAAAAUGGAAGAUGUUGAGCAUUUAUCUGCUAAGGAGCUGUUGCAACAGCAUGUUAAGCAUGCUAAGAAGGUCCGAAUGAGAUUAAGAAAUCAAAGGCUACAAAGAAUCGAAAGACCAACAACCAAAAAACGAAACUACUUGAGGGCGUGUUUGGUUGCAAAAUCUGAAGGAAUUGGAGUCUUGAAGCUGGUGGCCAAACCAACGGAAUUGUAUUCCAAGAGAUUCUUUUGAAAUCCAUGUUUUCGAGGGAUCUUUAUUAUUCCUAAAGUGGGUGCUGUUCCAAGAGUGUCCGCUCUCUUCAUGAGGCUUCACUUGGCAUAGAUGCUAGGGCCUUGUUAUGACUUCCGAGACUCAUCUAUCCUAUUAUUGAGAAAAUUCCCUACUUGGAGUGAGAAUCCCUUUAUCCUGAAGCAGCGGCAAAAACGGUUUGAUCUCUUACCUUUUGCUCAUAUCCCAGAGACUCGUUUGGAGUUAGUUUCUCAUUCGAAUAAGAAUAAUCAACAAUGACACCUUCUCUCUUUACCUUUACUGGCUUUAAUGACACUGCAUGGGACGCAACAACAAACUCUUUCCCCUCAAUUGUCUGGGGCUAUUAUCCGCUCCCUUGCUUUCAGAGAACUCCCCCCGUUAUAGAUAGAUAGUCAAAAAGGGGCUUUCUUCUCUUAAUCAUAAUCACACUUUGAAUACUUAUCGUUUUCCUACCUCCAUGCAUUGUCAUAGAAAUCUUA